CUGGAAAGUUCUUGGAACGCUAGACGCGCGGUUUCACGAGAAACGCCGUUUUCAUCCUCGAACGUCAAUCACAAACAUCAGGAAGCAAUUACCGACCAUCACCAUAAUAAAACUCCCAAAUGAGUCAUUCAAGGACCAUUCCAAUGCUAGUUCAUUACUCACGAGACUGCUGUAUGCUUGAAUGACAAAGAAGAGGGGAUUGACUCUGUGGGUUUCACAGAGCUGUGCUGCCGAUGGCGUCAGAGGCGCUAAACACGGGGGGAUUCUCAGAAAACCAAUUCUGGGAAGUCAGACGAAGUGAACAAGCCAAACCCUGCAGUGUUCCGCUUCUUGUUCAGUUUUAGGACACGACCUAAACAGAAACACCGCUCGUUUUUGAGAACCAUGUCCGUGUUAUCUACUCGCGUAGUUUGUUAAACAAACCGCAGACAAGUCGCGCACUUAUUUACUUGACAGUCGGCGACAGAGUCCUGAGGCUGUUCGACAACCUUCCUAUGCUCGAGAAAUAUCUCUGAGUGUUUGCCAUCGCUCAAGAAGACCAGAUUCUUUUUGGAAGUCCGAGUAAAAACCUCAGGAACAAAGAAACUUUAAGGAAUCCGGCAGAUAUCAAACCAGCCGUCUUCACAAUGAUUCUGUGCGUCCAAGGGCCAGCUCAUUUGCAAGAUACCGCCGAUCCAAUGGUCAGGUUUCCGGUGGUGACUUUCUCCUCUCCUCGCUGCAUCCAUACAACCGUUACCUUAUGGGACCCUAGCAAAGAUUUCAGAGCUAUCGCCAAUAAUUUCUCCUAUCUGGAUGCCUCAGGUUGGUACUGGGGUGCCAUCUCUGCCAGUGAGGCCCACUCUGUCCUACAGGGGGCCUCGGAGGGUACUUUCCUGAUACGGGACAGCAGCCACCCUCUCUAUAUGUUGACACUGUCUGUUAAAACUGGUCGCGGGCCCACGAACGUUCGCAUCGAGUACAGUCUUGGACGUUUCCGUCUGGACUCCAGUUCCCCGGCCAGAUCACGCCUGCAGUCCUUCCCAGACGUCCCCAGCCUCGUGCAGCACUACGUGGGCUCCAGGAACAAAGGGGAGGAGGAAAAGACUGAGGAGUCGGAUCACGUAACUUCGCCGGCCCCCAAGGAAUGUGCGGUGUUGCUAAAACUCAAACGGCCGAUGCAUCGUCCUCAAGCCUUUCCUUCUUUGCAACAUCUCACUCGCCUGGUAAUCAACAAAUGCACCACUUGCACAGAGAGCCUGCCUCUACCGAGACCAUUACUGCAGUAUCUUCAGGAUUACCCUUUCCAGCUCUGACAUCGCCAUGGAAAUGCACACCACGGCCAAUCACGAGCUGGAUGUUUUGAAGGCGGCAAGUUAAAUGCACAGCCCCAAUCAGAAGUUUGGUUCAAAAACCAGUGUUAACCACUUGAAGAGUGACUCUUGUUUCUGGAGCAAGUUUUUGAUGGUCAGCAAGUCUAUCUUCAUCGAUAGAUAGAUAUACCCAAGUGGGACCGAGUCAAGCCAUGUCCAGAAAUUGACUCAUGAAGAAGCAAGUGACUCAACCUUUGUGUCAUACUGUUAAAAGUGUGAGAGGUUAAACCACAGGCUUGGGGUCUGAGAUGAAUUUAAUGUUCAUGAAACUUUUGUACAGGUCACGUGACCCCUUUAGGAACGGUUCGAAAUGAGAACACGCAGCUUGUCUGAAACUCUGAGCUCACGAGAAGCACACAUGUAGCUUGGUCUUCAGCACUCUAUAAAGGCGAGCUUGGUCACUGCGCUGCCUUGACUGGAAUUGUUUCUUUCUUCGAAAGUGAAAUGCAGUGAAAUGUUUUUGUUUUUUUGACUAUUUUAAUCGAGAUUUACAUAUUUUGUUUUAUGCCCACAAUGUGGAGUUUGUAUGUAUUUAUGGAUGAACAAUCCUUCAUUUUGUAAUAAAAGUGACAAUCAAAUU